AUGUCGGAAGUCGAGUCGAAACAAACUGAAGAGUACGUCAUUGGCGGGAAGCCGCAGCCUAGCAGAUUGAAGAAGUUGACUUCGGCUUCAUCGUGGACCAGCCCCUUCAGAAACGCCGGUACGAAGAAGAAUGUGUACCAGGAAUUCAAGGACCAGAAUUCCGUCUCCCAGGUUAAAGUGCCCAAGAAGUUUGCUUCUCAUCCAACAUUGGAAGCUGAGCAAAGAGAGAAGGAGCAGAGGGAGAAAGCCGAGGCAGCCAAGUUAAAGAAGGAGAAGAAGGAGGCCGAGGAGGAGAAGAAGAAGAAGGAAGCCGAAGAAAAGAGUAAAGCUGAGGCUGAAAAAGAAGCUGAAGGUGAAGCUGACGUGAGCGUGGCCAAGGACGAGGAGGAAGCUGAAGGUGCGGAGGAUGUGGUGUCUCCAGCUGAGGCUGCUAGAGAGGAUACUUCCGUGGUUUCUGAGGCCAAGAUUGAGCCUCUUUCCCCUGAGUCUGUCAAGGCCGCUGCUGAGCCAGCUAAGAACGCUGAGAAGGAGGAGCCUGCUGAUGAUGCUACGGCCGCUGAUGAGAAGGCCAAGGAGGUCGAGGAGGCCCAAGAGUCGGCUGAAGCUCAGCACUCUAAAGUCAAGGAGCUUUACGAUGAGGAUCUUGCCAAAAACACUCUUGAAGGUGACGACAACAUCGUAGACGAAAUCAAAGAGAACCCCGUGGAAGUGGGUGUUCCCAAUGGAGCCAAGUACGAGUCGGUUGAAUUGCCUAACCAAGAGGUGUUGGACAGGUUGAAGGACAAGCCGGUGUUGUUGAACAAGUACCAGCAAUUGAACGCUGAUGCCAUUGGCUCCGUGGCCAAGAGUUUAGAUGACCCCAACAAGAUCAUCGACUUGGGUUCGGGCUUGCGUUUGACCCAGGCUCAGUUGUUGGAAAUCGCCUCCAAGCGUGUGGCUCCCGUAAUUGCCACCAUCAACGAGGAAGUGACGAAGUCCAAACAGGAGGACGACAUCAACAGAAAGAAGGAGUACGACGCGAAGGUCGCUAAACAUCAAGGUAAGCUUGACAAAGACUUCAGCAAGUACCAAGAGAAGGUUGCGAAGCUCAAGGCAGGCUUUGAUGCUGACAUUGACUCAAAGCUUGCUAAUUUGGCAGCGCAGAUCGAGGCGGCUCACCAGGAGGCUGAACGCUUUGAAAAGCAGACAAAGGAAGAGAUUGAAACUGCAAAGACCGAGUACGAAGAGCGUGAGAAGAAUGCCGUUGAUCAACAUGAGAUUGACAAAGAGACUUUGAUCAAGAACCACGAGGAAUUGACAGAGACCAAGAAACAGGAGUUGGAGGACUCUAAGAAAAACCAAGAGACCACCGCUAAUGAGAUUGAAGAAUUGAAGAAAAGGAAGGCGGACUUGGAGGAGGCCAACACCGAGUUGUCUAAGAAGCUCGAGGAAUUGACUGAGAAGUUGAGUGAACGCCAAGCAGUUGUUGACGACUUGAAGGAGAAGCACACCGGCCAGCUCGGUAUAAUUUCCAAACAUGAAGAAACCAAGGGUGGCUUGCAGAAAAAAAUCGACGACAGCAACAAGGAGCUCGAUGAAAAGAGAGCCAGGCAUGCAACUUUAGCUGGCGAAGUGGGUGUUUUGGGCGGUAUUCUUGCUGCUCAUGUACUGAAGUUAACUGAUUUGAAAGCUGAUAAGAAGGACAGAACUAACAGACUUGCCGAGGCUAAACGGGAGGCUACUAAGUGGCAGCAAGAGAGGAGAGAAAUGGCCGAGAGAACUCACCGAGAGCACGAACAGAAGCGUUUGGAAGCCAAAGAAGCGGCAGAGACCGAAAGAUUUCAGCAACAACUCGAGGAGGAAAGAAAGAGAUUGGAGGAGGAAAAAAAAAAGGCCGAAGAAGAGAGAUUGAGACAACAAGAGGAGCAGCGUCUUAUUGAUGAAGAGAAUGAAAGGCUUGAGGCUGAAAAGAAAAGAGUGGAAGAAGAAAGAAGUGCCGCCACUGCAGCCGCUGUGGCCGCUAGUGCUGCUGGAGGAAGCUCUGCUGGCCAGGCGACUGCUGCAGGCAAGGAGGCCACUGUCUCCAGACAUGCUGAACCUACUGAAAAUGCUACACCAAAGCACGAUCUGGGAGUAAACGCCGCAAUAGUUCCUCAAAACAAGGACAUCAAGACAAGUGGCGAGCCUCUCCCUGACCAGUCUAAGGAGGCUAAGCCUAAAGGUGAAGAUAAGAAGAAAGGGCACGGUGGUUUGUUAGCCGGUGGUGCUUUGGGUGCAGCAGGCGGCGCUGCAGCAGGGGGUGCUCUUGCAGGCUCCUCUUCAGGAUCAAACGGCGGUAAGUCUUUUGGGGUUUCGGCUCCAAAUGUCGGUGGUUCCGCACCUGACACUGGUGUUUCCAAGGAAAGUAGACCUGAGGCCAAGAGAAGUGGCUCCACCAAAAAGAGACUCAGGACUCUCUUUGGUGGGAAGAAAGAUGCUGACGAGAACACGGCUUCAGAGAGCACCAGCAAAGCAUUGACUGGUGGCACAUCUGGAGGUGCCGCUGCUGGCGCUGUUGCUGCCCAUCAAGACUCUAAAGGUCCAUUCAGUCAAGGCAAGGACAGCCACGAUGUAUCCUCCAAUGCUUCUACCGAAGUGUUCUCAGUCUACGAGGAAGUUUCAGAUGAGGAAUUUGAGAGGAACAGAAACAACCCUAGGUACAUUGAGGUCGACGAGGACGAGGCACAGAAGUUGCUUCGCAAGAACCAGGACCUUUUACAAUGA